AUGGACGUCACCGAAGAGGAGCGAUCACAUCUCCUGAACAGGCCCACCGACCCCACAAGGAAGAAGCGCAAGAGAAACAGGAACAACAGAAAGAACACUGUAAAAGCCCCGCAAGUGGAAGAAGAGGAAAAUCGCGAGGAAGACGAUGAAGAACGAGAAGAAGACGAAGUAAAUAGAAAGGAGGAGGAGGAAGAUGAAGAAGAAGCAGAAGAAGAAGAGGAGGAGGAUGAGGAAGAAGAUGAAGAAGAAGAAGAAGAAGUAGAAGAAAAAGACGAUGAGGAGGAGGAAGAAGACGAAGAAGAAGAAGAAGAGACCGACGAGAAAGGAGCUGAAAAGGAGAAGAAGAAGAAGAAGAAUAAAUUGAAGAUGGAAGAAAAAGAUUCGGAGGAGGUAGAUUUGAAGAGAGAGGCUAAGGCAAGUGGUUCGCGAGGGAUUAUGAGCUCUGAAGCAUUUUCUGCGCUGCCCAUCUCUGAGCCCACCAUGAAUGCCAUCAAAGACUUGGGGUUUAAGUAUAUGACUCAGAUCCAAGCUAGAGGGAUACCACCACUACUCGAAGGCAAGGAUGUUCUUGGAGCUGCAAGGACAGGGUCGGGGAAAACCCUUGCUUUUCUGGUACCGGCUGUCGAGUUGUUGUACAACAUCCGUUUUACUCCUCGAAAUGGGACUGGUGUUAUUGUUAUUUGCCCGACAAGGGAGUUGGCCAUACAGACACAUGCUGUAGCAAAGGACCUUCUUAAAUAUCAUUCUCAAACGCUUGGACUGGUUAUUGGUGGUUCAGCUAGAAGAGGAGAAGCAGAGCGCAUAGCCAGAGGGGUAAAUCUUUUGGUAGCAACCCCUGGUAGGCUUCUUGACCAUCUUCAGAACACCAAAGGCUUUAUAUAUAAGAACUUAAAGUGCCUUAUGAUUGAUGAAGCUGAUCGAAUUUUGGAAGCUAAUUUUGAGGAGGAAAUGAAGCAAAUCAUUAAAAUUUUGCCUAAGGUGAGGCAAACAGCUCUCUUCUCUGCCACACAAACAAAGAAGGUUGAAGAUCUUGCACGCCUAUCAUUUCAGACUACUCCUGUCUAUGUAGAUGUUGAUGAUGGAAGGAGGAGGGUCACCAACGAAGGACUGCAGCAAGGCUAUUGUGUUGUCCCUAGUGCCAAGAGAUUUAUUCUGCUCUAUUCCUUCUUGAAAAGGAACUUGUCAAAGAAAGUGAUGGUUUUCUUCUCCUCUUGCAAUUCUGUAAAAUUCCAUUCGGAGCUUCUCAGAUACAUUCAGGUCGAUUGUCUUGAUAUCCAUGGCAAGCAAAAGCAGCAAAAACGAACCACAACCUUCUUUGAUUUCUGCAAAGCAGAAAAGGGCAUCCUAUUAUGUACUGAUGUAGCAGCACGUGGCCUUGAUAUUCCUGCUGUGGAUUGGAUUGUGCAGUAUGAUCCUCCUGAUGAGCCCAAGGAAUACAUUCAUAGAGUUGGACGUACGGCCCGUGGGGAAGGUGCGAAAGGGAAUGCUUUGCUUUUCUUGAUUCCAGAAGAGUUACAGUUUCUUCGUUACCUUAAGGCUGCAAAGGUCCCCGUCAAGGAGUAUGAGUUUGAUCAGAAGAAGCUAUCGAACGUGCAACCUCACUUGGAAAAGUUGGUCUCGAACAACUAUUACUUGAACAAGUCGGCUAAAGAUGCGUACAGAUCGUAUAUUCUAGCAUAUAAUUCACAUUCUAUGAAAGACAUCUUUAAUGUGCAUCGACUUGAUCUGCAGGCUGUUGCUGCUUCAUUUUGCUUUACUUCACCUCCAAAAGUAAACUUGAACAUCGAUAGCAAUGCCUCCAAGUUCAGGAAAAAAGCUCGACGAGUUGAAGGAACUCGACAUGGUUUCAGUGAUAGCAAUCCGUAUGGGAGGAAAGCUGAAGGUGAUGUUCGACAAUUUGUUAGGUAUUAA